ACCUACAGAAGUGGCACAAGGAAGUGGCUAUAAUAAAACAGUCGCAUAAGGCUUGUCACUUUUACAUCUUGGUUAAGAACCAUAAAAAAUAAAUAUUGGCCGAACUCUUUCACGAUCUAUAACCAUCCCCUGCCCCUCAAUAAACAUUAGGUGUUUCAUAGGCCUGCACCGCAGCAACAGCUUACUUCAGCUCCUUAACCGGUACAUACCUACCUUACCUACCUACCCGACAACACCCAGCAUAUUCCCAACAGACGAACACAAAACCAACAUGUCCGCUCCUCCACCCAUGAGCGGUGCCAACACCGAUAAGCCGCCCGUCGGCCAGCCUGCGGCAUCCCAGCAAACCCCGAGCUACAACCCUGCCAACCCCUCUUUUGCCGGACCACAAAGGGCCGAGUCCGACAUCUACAACGUCGAAGACAACAAGGCGUCUUCCGCGACCCAUCCCGGUUAUGCCGCAGGACAAACACCAGCUGCGGCCUCGUCUGCCGCCCCGGCCGCCGCUGCUUCGGAAGCAAAGCCGGCAAAGAUGGGAUGGGCAGAUAAGCUUUCGGCUUUUGGCAAGAAACACACCACUCCGGCCCCGGCCGCCGGCGCUGUGGAUGCCUCUGGCCAACAAAAACCGGCAAAGAUGGGCUGGGCCGAUCAGCUCACGUCUUUUGGCAUGAAGGCUGCCGGUCCUAUCAAUGCGUUUGCAAACAAGAUGGGUGCCGAGGCUUUCCUGCCAGACACUAUGGAUAAGGAGUGCGAGAAGGCGGCGAGGAUUCUCCGCGCGUUUUGCAAAGAGGGUGUCUACACCGACACUGCUACGCUACCGGCCCCCGCCACCCAACCAAAGCCCGAAGCCGGCACGACGACAGCUCCAGGCAAGGACGCAGCUUCCAAGGUCAAGAAGGACCGCACACUCCUCCACAUCCCUUCCAAGGUCAUUUCGCGGGCGGUGGGAUUGGCCAUAUUCACCACGGCCCGUAUGGGUUACAUGGCCACUGGAGCAACGGGCUCCGGCGUGCUCAUCGCCCGCCUCCCCGACGGUCGCUGGUCGCCUCCAAGCGGCAUCCAAGUGCACACCUUGGGAGCUGGGUUUGUGAUUGGAGUGGACAUCUACGACUGUGUCGUCGUCAUCAACACAAAAGAGGCGCUGGAGGCCUUUACCCGCACGCGCAUGUCGCUCGGUACAGACCUGGCAGUCGUCGCAGGACCCUGGGGCGCUGGAGGCUCUGUGGAUGUCGCUGCGCCCGAGGGCGAUUUCCUCAAGAAGAAGGAGAAGGGCAAGGAGGCAGCCGGUGCCCAGCCCAGCCAGCCUGGUGCGGCACCUGACAACCUUGCACCGGGAGCAACGGGUCAACCGCCCGUCGUCCUCGAAAACCCUUCGGGAGGAAAGCCUUCGGGAGGAAAGAGCGGGAGCAAUUCUCGCCAGCCCUCACCGUUCCGCCAGAACAUGAAGCCUGUGUACAGCUACGUCAAAUCACGUGGUUUCUACGCCGGCGUGCAAGUUGACGGUACCGUUGUGACGGAACGCAAGGACGCCAACGCAGCCUUCUACGGAGUACAGGGUGUCACAGUCUCGCAGAUCCUGAAGGGUGAGGUUCCGCACGUGGCUGGCACUGCCUGGGACAAGCACGCCAAGGCUCUGCACGACAUAGUGCGCGGUGCCGAGGGCUUCACCGCAGGCGAUCAGAUGGAGCCUCCCUCGACGCUCAUGAGCCAGAUGAACGUCGGUGGCGGUGCGGCAGCACCUGUGGCUUCACAUGCCGCUCCAGGUGCUCCCCCUACCAAGGCCCAAGAGGCAGGGUAUCAGGUUCCUCCACCUCCGGCAUCCACUAUGGAUCCCCCGGGUAGCUCUGCGGCACCCGUCGCCCCGGCUGCUCCUCCGACCAUGACCACCUUUCCCCCUCCGCCGCCUGGACCCCCUCCGGCAAACACUGGGGCGCCCGCCGCUCCCCCGGCUGAGAUGAACUGGAAAGAGCGCGAAGCAGCUGCUGAGGCAGCAGCCGCCCAGGCAGGCGCCUCUCAGUCGAAUGCGCCUCCAGGAUACUCGGAGUUUUAUGCUCCACCUACCGGAAACUCGGUGUCAGGAUCGUCGGAGAUGCCGCCUGCGUAUGUGGAUGAUGGACAGCCAAAGCCGGGUGUUGGGGACAGCAAAACGGGCCAUUGAUUGUUGUAGUAGCUGGAUAAUACUGACUUAGUCGCACUUGCAUGUUUUUAGUUCGUUAUUGUAGCCGCCUGAUCUUUACUGGUAUUCAUUGUUAUUAAUCUUACGUAGCAGUGAGAAAUUACAGUUUAU